CCUUUAUGUGUGCCUUGCGUUCUCGGGUAGCGCCAGGGAGCCCUGCAGGGUACAGUCUCAGUGAGGAUCCGUUAUAAUGUAAAUAUGACCGACGUUUCACACAGAAAUCCAAACUGGACUCAGUGAUUUCAGUGUGUGAUCGCCUUUUACUUCCAUGGUGGACUCUUCAUCGACGUGUCUGGAUCUCUGCGGCAUCCUCACACACACCGCGCCUCCUCCUCCUCCUCCUCCUCCUCCUCCUCCUUCAGUGUCCUGAGAAGGUGAAGAAGCCUUCAUCAAAACAGCGAGCCGCUAUGAGGAGAAUAACGGGAACGGCGAAGGAUGAAACUUUGAUCGAGCUGCAGAGCGCGACAGACUCACAGACAGGAGAUGGUCCUGCCGUCCUUACCGCAUUCAGGAUUAACCUACACUCAGAUGAAAACAGUGGAAAUGGUGUUUCAUUAUCAGAAAGAGUGAUUCUUCCUGGACAUGCAGAAACAGACAGGCUACAGCCAAACAAAGACACAGUGUUCUUCAGGGACGGAGUUCGACGAAUAGACUUUGUGUUGUCUUAUGUCGAUGACAAAGAUGGAGAGAAGAAACAGGAAAGGAGGAGGGAGUUUGAGGCCAACCUUGAGAAAGCAGGACUGGAGCUGGAGACGGAUGACAAAUCAGACUCCAAAGACCAGAGGACAUAUUUCCUGAAGAUUCAUGCUCCAUGGGACAUACUGGCCACCUAUGCUGAUGUGUUAAAGAUCAAAGUUCCCUUCAAAGAGAGCGAUAUCCCCCAUGGUCAGGAUGUCCCUCUCGAAUGGCUCUCACAUCCUUUCCGCCUGCCGGAGCACAUCAUGCGCCCGACCCCGGACUACUUCACCUACCCCUUUGACAAGAACAAGACAGACUUCUUCCUCAUCAAUGACAAGGACACCUUCUUCCCACCUUCCACGAGAAACAGAAUCGUGUUCUACAUCCUGGCUCGUUGCCCGUACUAUAAAGAGGGCCAGAAAGAGAAAGAAAAAACCGGAAUCAAGCGACUAAUCAGCAAUGGGACGUAUACGGCAGCAUUUCCACUACAUGAUUGUCGAUAUUGGAAAAGAGCCAGAAAUGCCGAGUGUGAGAGCGAGCGCUACAACUUGUACAAGCACUGGGCCAGGUUUCUCUGCUUCUACAAAGAGCAGCCUCUUAACCUUAUCAGGAAGUACUACGGGGAGAAGAUUGGGAUCUACUUCGCCUGGCUCGGCUUCUACACGGAGAUGUUGUUCGUUGCCGCUGUCAUGGGCCUUAUAUGCUUCAUUUAUGGAGUGCUCAGCUACGAUGACAACAUAUCCAGCAAAGAAAUAUGUGACCCAGCUGUUGGAGGCAGUAUUGUGAUGUGUCCACUCUGUGAUAAAAAGUGCCUUUUCUGGAAGCUCAACUCUACCUGUCUCUCCUCUUGGCAAUCCCAUCUGUUCGAUAAUGAGGGAACUGUAUUCUUCGCCAUAUUCAUGGGGAUUUGGGUAACUCUGUUUUUGGAGUUCUGGAAACGACGUCAGGCCCGGCUGGAGUACGAGUGGGACUUGGUGGACUUUGAGGAGGAGCAACAACAGCUUCAAAUCCGGCCCGAGUUUGAGUUUCGCUGCAACAAGAAGAGACUCAACAAGAUCACGCAGGAAAUGGAGCCAUAUCUUCCCAUCACCAGCAAGUGUGCUCGCUUCUGCCUCUCAGCAACCACCGUCUUAUUCUGGAUUUCUCUGAUAGUGGCCUGUAUAAUCGGGGUCAUCGCGUACAGGCUCGCUGUGUAUGCUGCCUUUGCAAGUAUCAUUAAAGACCCCUUCAGGAAGAUCCAGCUGGUGGGAAGAUUCAUCACCCCACAGCUGGCAACUUCUGUCACCGCCUCCUGCAUCAACUUUGUCAUCAUCAUGAUCCUCAACUUCUUCUACGAGAGGGUAGCCGUUUGGAUCACUGAUAUGGAAAUCCCAAAGACUCAUCUGGAAUAUGAGAACAGGCUGACCAUGAAGAUGUUCCUAUUUCAGUUUGUGAACUAUUACUCCUCGUGUUUCUAUGUGGCCUUCUUCAAAGGGAAAUUUGUGGGCUAUCCUGGAGACUACUCAUACAUGUUUGGCAAAAAAUGGAGCAAACUGAGGAAUGAGGAGUGUGACCCUGGAGGAUGUCUGAUCGAGCUGACUACACAGCUGGUGAUCGUUAUGGCGGGGAAACAACUGUGGGGAAACAUUCAGGAAGCCCUGCUGCCGUUGAUGCGUAACUGGUGGAGCAGCAGAAAAGGGCGGCACAAUCCUGAGAACCACUACAGCCGCUGGGAGCAGGACCACGUUCUUCAGAACUUCGGCCAGCUGGGAUUGUUCUACGAGUACCUUGAGAUGGUGAUCCAGUUCGGUUUCAUCACUCUGUUCGUGGCCUCGUUCCCCCUGGCUCCCCUAUUGGCUCUAUUCAACAACAUCCUUGAGAUCAGGGUGGACGCCUGGAAGUUCACCACCCAGUUCAGACGACCCGUAGCAUCCAAGGCCCGCAACAUUGGAGCGUGGCAGGAAAUCCUCAACGCAGUGGCUAUUUUGUCUGUUGUUACCAAUGCUUUCAUUAUGGCGUUCACCUCCGACAUGAUCCCCCGAAUGGUCUACCUGUACGCUUACGGUAAAGAUGCAAGCAUGAGUGGCUACAUUAACAACAGCCUGUCAAUAUACAACAUCACACAGAUACCAGAGGACAACAUGCCGGAGGAGAAAGACCACUGGUUUGUGAACUCCACCAGCACCUGCAGAUACCGUGACUACCGUUACCCUCCGGGCCACGACAGGGCGUACACUCACACCAUGCAGUUCUGGCACAUCCUGGCAGCUAAAAUGGCCUUCAUCAUUAUCAUGGAACAUGUGGUCUUCGUGGUGAAGUUCUUCGUGGCGUGGAUGAUCCCUGACAUCCCCUCGGAAGUGAAGGCUCGGAUCAAGCGGGAACGCUACCUGAUUCAAGAGUAUCUGCAUAACUACGAGGUGGAGAGGCUGAAGAUCCAGCUGAGUGCCAGUUUCAUCACAGAGCCACAGUCAGACAUGACCUCCAUGACAGACAAGCAUGAAGUGCUGUCUGAGUGCCUGUAGCCCCCCGAUUCACACGAGGACAUUCACAACAAGGGCUGCCGUCUGUGGAAAACGAACGCUUUGAUGUUUUGUUACUGAAUGGACUCCUAUAUUAGGAGCCGUUUAGAAGCAUCAGGUUGAAAGAGAAACUUCUGUGCAAUAGAAAAAGAUUAGAAAAGAUUUUAGGUGCAGCUUGAAACAUUCCCUGUGUAAUGCCUUCAAACUGUCCGGUGGUCAUGGCUGAAAAUAGAAACUAACAUGUUACAUACUGAAAGUUCAAGUUUGCGAUGUUAAACAUGUGAACCCAAGUGUUAUUAACCUUUAAAUGAUUUGGUUAAGAUAUCAUAUUUUAUGUUUUGCAUGUGAUUCUUCAAGUGAGAGAAGAAGGAUUCAAAUGUGUCGACAAGAAGUUAUAUGUCAGUCGUAGAAAGUGUUUGAUGAUGAUUGUGGUUAGAGAAACUAACAUAACUUUGAGAAUAGAUGUCCUACAUCACAUUUCAGUUUCAUCGUUUAACUCAUUGUAGAAAACACUCAGACUAAACAAGUUUUACAAACAUCAAAUAUGAAACACGUUGAAAUAUUGAAACCUUUGGCAGUGCUUAUUUCUCUAAACAUUCCUGUAGAUCUGUAGCUGGGCUAUAAGGUUGUACGUUUUGUUAAUUUUUGUGUACUACGUUAAGGGAAACGCUCUUAUAAAACUGUGCAUUUGAGAACCAAGUACCUCCAUCAUACCGCAGUGAUACUAAAACAAUUGGAUGUUUAAUGUUUCUCCAUGAAUUUGAGAUACUACAGAGAUGUAACUGGGAGACAUUAGCCGCAUCUUCCACAUCUAUCUCCAACUUGUUUCGGGACCAAUUAUAGCAGUUUUACUUAAAAAAAAGAAAGGAACAUGAAGGACAUGUUUGAAAAGCUCUCUAUAGAUAUUCAGCUUUAAUGCAAUCAGUAGUUAUGUGUUAAGCUAAAUGUACACCUCCUUUUGGUAUAAUUGAGUGAAACUGCAUAAUGUCUCUGUUCUCAGAUGUCCGGUUAGUGAUGUCUCUGUCUAUUAUAGGCAUAUAAUCAUAACAUUCAAUCCUCGUUCUGUGUUUGGAUAAUGUGAGGAAGGAUUUGAGUGACUUUCUGGCUGGUUUUGUUUUUUCUGUACAUUUACAGAUUAUUGUCUUCUAUUUAAAAGAGUUGUAACACAGUUCAUUUAUUAAUCUGUUUCUGCUCUGUAGCUCAAAACAUGUGUGUAAGUUACUUCAUAAUCCUCCUUUGAAGAUCUUUCUAGGCAAUGUGCUUAUUCUUCUUACUUAUUCUAUAGCCUGUUACUCAUCUGGAACAUAUUUAGUGUCAAUGUAAGCGCAGACAGUGAACCCUAACUAAAAGUAUGAACUGUACGAGAACAUUUGAUGCUAGAAAUGACUUUUUCAAGGGAUGUCCAGUAUUGCUAUUUUUUAUCUUCUUACGCUUAAUGUGCAUUUAAAUCUUUCUGUGUUUCUAUUGAAACCUAUUUGUAAUUUAAACUGCAAAUGAGGCUGAUCUCAUUCGAGCCCUCUGCAGAUUAUUUUUUACUAAACCUGGCUGACGUCAAUCUCAGGAUUAAAACAUCUUCUAAAGUUUGUUGAGCAUCACUGGUAAAUAACGGCUGCGGAUGCUGUGAUGAGUGAAGGGGGAUUCAGAUGGCGAUCCAUCAUGGUGCAUCAUUUUCCCAACAAACAAAUGCCUUAACUGUCAGUGUUUACUUACUUUUGUAUAAUUUUCUAAACACAAAGUUUCCUAUCUGAACUCUGUACCUGGUUCAUAACAUUUGCUGCUGCUGCUGCUCAUUGCAUUUUAGUGGUUUUGUCUUGUUUUAAUGUGCAUGAGUUGCAGUCGUGUAAAUAUUUUGUUGGUUACAUUUGAAGUGAGCUGUAGCCUAAUGUACAGAAAUGCACUAAAGCUAAUACUCCCAAUAAAUGAAGAAAUAUCUUA